AGCUGCUGAGCUGGGCCAUAAAAUGUCAUGGUUCUAUUCUGGGCAAUUCAUAGGGCUCCAGAAGACUGGGUAGCUUGCCUCUGCUUCUUGUGGCAUUCUUGGUACAUUGGUGGGGCUACUGUCUCAUCCUGUGACAUAGAGCCACAGGUUCCCAGAGCAGGCACUAUGAGAGAACCGGAAAAGGUGAGGUAGGUCCUGACUCCAUUGAGGGAGCCAUCACCAGACCUGCAGGACUUGAUGGUAAUAGUGCUGUAAUAAAUCCGGUGGCAUCAGGUACAGAGGGGACGGUGGAUGUGGCAGGCACUGUGCUCAUCAAAGGCACCUAUUUUGUGGGCUAGGUAUCUGUAGCUGUGGACUCAGCAUAGGGGUGGUGUGGCUGAGGCUCUGCUUCUUGGUGCCUGUUUAUGGUACCACUGCACUACCUCAAUGCCUGCACCUGGCCUUGCCUGGGAUGGACAUCAGGCUGGAGUCAUGGGAGCCAAGACAUAGGAAUGGACUUCGGUAUUGAUGCAGUGUGGUCCUGGGCAGAACGGAUGUGAUCAUCAUGUGGGACCCAGAUGUAGGCCCAGAAAUGGCACUUGGUCAUUAGUGGGAUAUGACCACAAUGCAGAACACAGAACAUGGAUAGACUGUAGUCCUGGAUAUCCUGCCUCGUUCUUGAUGGUCCACAAGUAUUAGUGACCCCAAAGCCUAAAAAGCUUGAGUUCCAAUCCCAAAUUUGGGGAUCUUCUCACCAUCACAGCAGCUCCAGUUCCACAAAGAAAACAGUUCUCCUUUAGCCUGAUUCUCAGCAGGUCCUAGAAGUCCAGUGAGACACUGGGGAGAUUCCGCCAAGCACAACAGGCCUCAUCAUGAACAUUGUAUCUCCUCUGCUCCACCCUAUCCUAACUUCAAUAAAAUACCUUGUCAAACACUUGCAGAUGGAUUUCCAGGUCUAAUUUGCCUGUAGUUUUUUGUGACAUUUGCAUGCUUUGGUAAGGGAGGGUAUGUAUGUCAGGAGAUUUUUAAAAGAAGUCAUUACAGAACACCGUUGAGGUUCAGCCCAAAUAUCUCCUAGCCGGGUGUGUCUAGGUGGGCGCCUGAAAAGUGCCGGACUUAGGGAGCCCCUCUAUCUGCCAUUCUACACACUAUCUGUGCUGGAGUCUUGACAGGUUUCUCCGGAGUUCGGUCCCCUGCCCCCCAGCUGUUUCCAUGACAACUCCAAAGCUGUGACGUCAGAAACGCUAUCGAACUCGCAGUUGCUCCCAAAAACGGAAAUGGGAUGGUCCCAAGCUUUCCUGCUUCUGUGCUGAACACCUUCUCAGCCAUGGCGGCUCUGGACUCGCUCUCGCUCUUCACCGGCCUUGGCCUGAGCGAGCAUAAGGCCCGGGAGACGCUCAAGAACACGGCUCUGAGUGCGCAGCUGCGCGAGGCGGCGACCCAGGCGCAGCAGACUCUGGGCUCCACUAUUGACAAAGCUACCGGGACCCUGCUAUAUGGCUUGGCAUCCCGACUCAGGGAUCCUCGGCGUCUUUCUUUCCUUGUGAGCUACAUAGCCAAUAAGAAGAUCCACACCGAGCUCCAGCUGAGCGCUGCCCUUGAGUAUGUGCGAAGCCAUCCCCUGGACCCCAUCAACACGGAGGACUUUGAGCAGGAAUGUGGUGUGGGUGUCAUGGUGACCCCAGAGCAGAUUGAAGAGGCUGUGGAGGCUGCCAUAAAUCGUCACCGGCCCCAGCUCCUGGAGGAGCGUUAUCGUUUCAACAUGGGACUGCUGAUGGGAGAGGCUCGAGCUAUGCUCAAGUGGGCAGAUGGCAAAAUGAUCAAGCACGAAGUGGACAUGCAGGUUCUUCACCUUCUGGGUCCCAAAACAGAGACUGAUCUGGAGAAGAAACCCAAGUUGUCAAAAGCUCGGCCAGAAGAGAAAGACCGGAGGACAGCAAAGGACAUGAUGGAGAAUGGUGAGGCUGCUGACCAGGCCCUCUCUCUGAUGGAGCAGCUCCGAGGGGAGGCACUUAAGUUCCACAAACCUGGUGAGAACUAUAAGACCCCAGGCUAUGUUACCACUCCACACACCAUGGACUUACUGAAGCAGCACCUGGAGAUCACUGGAGGACAGGUACGGACCCGGUUCCCGCCCGAACCCAAUGGAAUCCUACACAUAGGACAUGCCAAAGCCAUCAACUUCAACUUUGGCUAUGCCAAGGCCAACAAUGGGAUCUGUUUUCUACGCUUUGAUGACACCAACCCUGAGAAGGAGGAAGCAAAGUUCUUCACUGCCAUCUACGACAUGGUGGCCUGGCUGGGUUACAGUCCUUACAAGGUUACAUAUGCCUCUGAUUACUUUGACCAGCUGUAUGCCUGGGCCGUGGAGCUCAUCCAUAGGGGCCAGGCCUAUGUGUGCCACCAGCGAGGAGAGGAGCUCAAAGGCCAUAACUCAUUGCCCUCACCCUGGAGAGACCGUCCUGUAGAGGAGUCACUGCUGCUCUUUGAGGCAAUGCGCAAGGGCAAGUUUGCGGAGGGUGAGGCCACGCUGCGGAUGAAGUUGGUGAUGGAGGAUGGCAAGAUGGACCCUGUGGCCUAUCGAGUCAAGUAUACACCACACCAUCGCACGGGGGACACCUGGUGCAUCUAUCCCACCUAUGACUACACACACUGCCUCUGUGACUCCAUCGAGCACAUCACCCACUCACUCUGCACCAAGGAAUUCCAGGCCCGACGCUCUUCCUACUUCUGGCUGUGCAAUGCUUUGGAUGUCUAUUGCCCUGUUCAGUGGGAGUAUGGCCGUCUCAACCUUCACUAUGCUGUUGUGUCCAAGAGGAAGAUUCUCCAGCUUGUGGCAGCUGGUGCUGUGCGGGACUGGGAUGACCCACGGCUCUUCACACUCACAGCCUUACGACGGCGGGGCUUUCCACCUGAGGCCAUCAACAACUUUUGUGCUCGGGUGGGGGUGACAGUGGCACAGACCACAAUGGAACCCCAUCUGCUAGAGGCCUGCGUGCGUGAUGUGCUAAAUGACACAGCCCCCCGGGCCAUGGCUGUGCUGGAGCCAUUACAGGUCAUCAUCACCAACUUUCCUGCUACCAAGUCCUUAGAAAUCCAGGUUCCCAACUUUCCAGCUGAUGAGACCAAGGGCUUCCAUCAGGUUCCCUUUGGACCCAUGGUCUUCAUUGAAAGGACUGACUUCAAAGAAGAGCCAGAGCCAGGCUAUAAGCGCCUGGCAUGGGGCCAGCCUGUGGGCCUAAGGCAUACAGGCUACAUCAUUGAGCUGCAGAAUGUUGUCAAGGGCCCCAGUGGCUGUGUAGAGAGCCUGGAGGUGACCUGUAGACGGGCGGAUACUGGAGAAAAGCCCAAGGCCUUUAUUCACUGGGUGUCCCAGCCUCUGACUUGUGAGAUUCGCCUUUAUGAGAGAUUAUUUCAGCACAAGAACCCUGAGGAUCCUGCUGAGGUGCCUGGUGGAUUCUUAAGUGACCUGAACCCGGCAUCGCUACAAGUGGUGGAGUCAGCGUUAGUGGACUGCUCUGUGGCCCUGGCAAAGCCCUUUGACAAGUUCCAGUUUGAGCGGCUUGGCUACUUCUCUGUGGAUCCAGACAGUGGCCAGGGACAGCUUGUCUUCAACCGGACUGUCACACUGAAGGAGGACCCAGGAAAGGUGUGAGCUGUAAGGAAGCCCCGUGGACCUACCUCAUGCUUCUGGAGGCCAACGGUACCCAGACUCCAUGUCAAUAAAGAACAGCUAAAUCCCCUGGA